AUGAGCAACAUUGGGAACGGGGCAGCUCACGUCUCUCCGGCGGGGGAAAAAAAGCCGGAACUCGGAGGGCUCGAGGAUGAGACCAUUGCAGCAGUGGAGGGUGGCGUAGUAAUCAACGCCGCUGGGUAUCGGGACCAACUAAAACGCCAGUACAACCUAUGGGCGCUCGCGGGCAUCGCGCUCACCGUCGACAACGCAUGGGCGGCUUUGGGGUCCUCGAUAUCUGUCUCGAUAGCGAACGGCGGUCCUACUGGUCUUAUCUAUGGGCUUAUAGUCGCUGUGUUCUAUUAUUCCUUCAUUGGCUUGAGUUUAGCUGAGCUUGCUUCUUCUGUGCCAACUGCUGGAGGUGUUUACCACUGGGCGACGAUCGCCGCAGGACCGAAUUGGGGCCGCAUGGUCGGUUUCUUCGCAGGAUGGAUCAACUUUUACGGAUGGAUGUUUGAUCUGGCGGCUUUGGUGCAGAUUUCGUCCAACAUCUUGGUUCAAAUGUACGCGACAUACCAUGCAGACUAUGUUGGCGAAGCCUGGCAUGUUUACGUCACGUACAUUCUCGUUCUGUGGAUUUCAACCGGGGUCGUGAUUUUCGCCAACAAGGUGGUGCCGUAUACGCAACAUGCUGGCAUGUUUUUCGUGAUCAUUGGCGGGAUCAUUACGAUCAUCGUGAUAGCUGCCAUGCCGAAGCAGCAUUCGUCCAACAGCUUUGUCUGGAAUUCGUUUGACGAGAAUAACGUCACCGGCUGGGCGGGCGGCGUUGCAUUUUUGACCGGCGUACUGAAUGGCGCUUUCACCGUCGGAACCCCUGAUGCCAUUACCCACCUGGCCGAAGAGCUUCCCCAGCCGAAGAAGGACCUCCCGAAAGCCAUCGGGCUGCAAAUCGGCCUCGGUGGCCUGUAUGCAUUCAUCUUCGCCAUCGCCAUCGGGUACGCCAUCACCGACAUAGAGGCGUUGUUAGGCAGCAGCAACAACUAUCCGCUAGCAACCAUAUACGCGCAAGCGACGGGAAGCGACGGCGCGACCUUUGGCUUGUUGUUCAUACUGUUGCUCAGCACUUUCUGUUGCUGCAUCGGGACUGUGCUGACCAAUUCCCGGAUCUACUGGGCGUUGGCUCGGGACAAUGCUGUCCCUUUCUCCCCUCUGUUUGGCAAAGUCAACGAGGGUCUGAGCUGCCCCGUUUACUCGACAUUGUUCGUCUCCGUGGUGGCCACUGGACUCGGUGCCAUUCCAUUGGGAAGCUCAACUGCCUUCAUCAAUCUGACGGGGUCUUUCAUUGUGCUGACCACAGUGUCAUAUGCUAUCCCCUUCGUGGCCAAUAUGGUGACGGGGAGGAGGUAUUUCCCCGCGGGCCCAUUCCACCUGGGCAAGCUUGGUUUUGUCGUCAACGGACUUGCGGUCUUGUUCAUUAUUUUCUUCGAUAUAUUCUACUGCUUUCCGUACGCGUACCCGACGGACGUGGAAACCAUGAACUACAACUCUGUGAUUUUGGUUGGAGUGGUUGCUUUGUCGGCCAUCUGGUGGCUGCUGCACGCAAUCAGGAAUUACCCCGGACCAAAGGUGAUGCAUCUCUAUAUCCACGAUGACUCCGCGCCAUUGAAUCAGACGGGAUUACUGGAGAGUACCAAACCGAAAGAGGGUGUGAUGUAG